GGAGGAAAACGGGUGUCCCAAACAAAGCCUUGUCUCUAGACAGUCAAACCCCCUACUUUUCUUUCCCCUCUCCCUCUUAUAUAUCUCUCCCCCCAAUAAUUUUGUAUUUUUCCAAUAUAUCAACUCCCAGCAAAAAAAUCAGACCGCUUCAUUUUGAGCUUCAGCUAGUAGCUUAACCAUAUUUCUCCUCUUAACCCACUUUCCAAAAUUAGCCAUCAAAGCUGAAGCCAUUGUUCUCCUUGCUAAUGGCCUAGGACUCCAUAUACUUCUUCAAUGUAGAGGUUCUGUAGUUUCUCUUGGCCUUUUAUAUAUGGAUUUUGGAGCCGUGGGUCUGGAGGGGUUAGUGGGUUCAGUGGAUAAUAGCGCUGCUCUUGCUUCUUUUGCUAGUUCAGAUCGGGAAACAAAGCAGGAGUUGUACGGAUCUGGGUUCCCUAAGCAAGAAAGAUCUGGUGCCGCUGACGAUGACUGGAGGAGCUCUAAAUUGCCCAAAACUACUGAAUCAUUGCUGCUUCCACAACGAAACACUUCGCUAAAAUCUCAGCACCAGCCGCAGAUUUUGAGCUUUUCUUGUCCCAAAUCAAAAGCUCUAUCAGUGGAGAGGAGCGCACAGAAUGCUACAUUUCCUGGAUUUCAUCCCACUUCUUCUGCAUACAGUAGAAGUACAGGGUAUAACUAUGGAAGCUUCAAUGAUGCAAACAUCAACAUGCAUGGUGUUUUUACAGAGUCUAGAGGACCUUUUACUCCAUCUCAGUGGAUGGAGCUUGAACACCAGGCUUUGAUCUACAAGUACAUAACUGCUAAAGUGCCUAUACCUUCUAAUCUGCUCAACCCCAUACGAAAAUCUCUUGAUUCUGCUGCGUUCUCUGGUUAUUCAGGUGGACUCCUCAGACCCAAUACAUUGUCAUGGGGUACUUUCCAUCUUGGUUUCUCUAGCACCACUGAUCCAGAGCCAGGACGGUGUCGUAGGACAGAUGGGAAGAAAUGGCGGUGCUCAAGAGAUGCAGUUGCCGACCAGAAGUACUGUGAGCGGCAUUUAAACAGGGGCCGUCAUCGUUCAAGAAAGCAUGUGGAAGGCCAAUCUGGCCAUUCUGCCGCUGCUGCUACAACCACCACUGGAAAGCCGAUGCCCACUGUCUCAUCUUCUGUGUCAGCUUCAGUGGUGGGGCUCCAUGGCAGCGGCACAUCUAACAGCCUUGGCAUUGCACAGCAUCAGCCGCAGCUUAAAGACUUGAAACCAGAUAGUUCUACCCCUUCCAGCAGGAUGUUUCUCAAUAAAGAGGAUAUGAGUGAAAGACUGCAGGAAUCACCGGGCUUGUCCGUAUCCGAGAUUGGCCUGAAAUCUAAAGAUCUUUUCUUUUUUUCAAAACAACAGAACUCGUAUCAGGACUCUUCACAAAUUGAGUUUGGACUUGUCAAUUCUGAUUCUCUACUGAACCCUUCUCAGGAUAGCUCUUCCUUGUUCAGUUCCAGAAACUUUUGUUCAUCUCAGGAUCUCACUGACCAGGAAACCAUGUCCCAACGUGGUGUUCACCAAUUCAUUGAGGAUUGGCCUAAAACCCAAUCUGAUCAUUCUGCUGUUUCAUUGCCUCAGUUUGAUGUGCAAAUAGAUAGGACCCAGUUAUCAAUUUCAGUCCCUGUAGCCUAUACAGACCUCAUCCCAUCCACUUCGUCUACAAACAAUGAAGAUGUUUCUCGCUCCCUGCAAAGAUUGUCCCAUGAUUUGGAUUCAGUACAUAUGGGAACUGGACUUGGCAUUGUUCUCAACGAACAAAACCUAAGGCAAGCAAAUUGGAUAUCCGUCCCUUGGGAAAUUACAACAGGUGGUCCACUUGGCGAGGUCUUGCACAACACCAAUAACGGUAUUUCAGAAUGCAGGAAUUCAUCAGUGCUAAAUCUCUUGGCAGAGGGAUGGGACAGGAGUCCUCAGAUAGGUUCAUCUCCAACUGGGGUCUUACAAAAGACGACAUUUUGUUCCCUUUCAAAUAGCAGCACAGGAAGCAGCCCAAGAGCAGAAAACAAGAGGUCUAAUGAAGGAGCUAGCCUGUGCAAUGACCUUGGCUCAAUUUUAGUUCAUCCUUCUUCAUUGCCUGCCUCGUAAGUUGUAACUAUUUGACUGACUGAUUAAGUAGUUUUUAGUUGUGGAAGAAGACCCAGAAGAAUGAGUUUUUAUGUGUGGUCUUUAAUCGGUUUGUUUUUCAAAUUUUUUAAAAAUUUCAUUUGAUAAUAUGUUCAUCUUUUGCAUGCUUUUGGUUAGUGAUGGCAGAUAGACCAAUUAAAAGGAAUCUAACAAGGGAAGAAGGUUCCUUGGGCUUGUGAUAUGGAAUCUUAUAUAUGGAAUUGAGAUUUCGAUCCUUCA